UUUAAAUUAUUAAUUGUUAUUACAAAUGAUAUAAUAGAGUUAUAAUAUAGUUAUUUUAUGCUUUUAUUUGUAAAAUAACAUCAAGUUUGUUAGAGCUGUGAAUAAUUUUACAUUUUACAUAUUAGUGGCAUCACCACUCUACCUCCUCUUUCUAUCUUCCAUUCUACUGUCAACUCUACUGUCGUCGUACUGUCGUUGGCAAAAAUAGGAGGAUAUUGAAGUUAGCGAGAACGACAACUGUCGGCCUGCAGUCGUGUAGUCGUGCAGCUGUCAAAAUAACACUGCCGAUAAGAACGUGUGUAUUUUAAUAUUUGACAGAUGUAGUUUGCAGUCUGUCGUAGCCAUUGUGUUUACACUUUCAAUUGUAGUUGAAGAGCAGUCGAAAAAGGUCAAUAAAGAACAGACAUUCCUUAAAUAAAAAUAAUUUAUUUUAGUGUUGUUAGUGAAAAAAUUAAAGUCGAAUAAAAAAAUAAAAAAGUGAAGUGUAAAGUAAUUUAUAAGGUAUACAUUAAUACCAUAAUAAUCAAUCAAUAUAAUAUUAACGUUAAAAAAUUUUGCAAGUGAAAUAAAACAAAUAGUAAUAAUAAAGAAGUUAUAAUAAUAAAAAAUAAAAACAAAUGAAGGUAGCUAAGAAAAUUGUAGGUAGGAGACCGAACCCAAAACGAAUUAAAAAGACUUGCUACAAUCAAGUAUAUACAGAAAAGGCAUGUAAAUGCGAAGAUAAGGAAGCUUUAAAGGCUUUCUUCGAAGAACUGAUGGAAAGAAAAAUGAGCCAAAUUUCUGCACAGUACCAAGUGCUCCUAGAAGUAGUAGCGCAGCAGAAAGUCCUCAUUCAGCAGCUUCCUAAAGAAUGCACCGACGACUCAUCGAUAAUGAGAGAAUUUCCAAUUAAAAACGAAACAGAUUUGGGCCGAAUUAAUGAAAAUAUAGAAGUUCGCGGAAAGAAGAACUACAUCAAAUGUAUGACUCAAAUUCUCCAGGGUUCUGGAGUGGUGAAAAGCCUGAAGAAUAUUAUAACAGACGAAUUGGCCAUGCAGUACAAUAUUGAUGGAGUGUUGGGCAAAGAUUCGCUCAAAGGCUUUACAAAUUUUUUCGACGCCCUUAUUGAGUCCAUUCCUAACCGGGAUAGACGCUGGAUCGCCAGAGAAUCAACUGCGCCAAGCCCUUCAGCGUCAAAAAAAUCAUUUAGUAAAUAAAGAAAAUAAAUGAUUAAUAAAUAACAAUAUAAUGUAAGA